AUGGCAACCGAACGGCUUAGUCCCCACUCUCGCACGGAAAGGGACCUUAAUUGGAGGCCAAAAUGUCCGCGCGCUGUGGUGGCGGUGCAAACCGUACCAGUACGGUUUGCACCGCCACCAUCGCCUUGUAUGCCUAACCUCACUCAACGCAUCCGUUCAGGUUUCUCGGGGGAAGAACCGCACAACGCACGUCCGCUGAAGGUUCUCGAAUUGCAUCCUGAUUUGAUUGCUUCUUGUUCUUCUCUACCGUGCCUCUACGAACGAUUAUACGCAUACGAUUCGCACGAUUCGUCGGAAACUAAUGUUCAAACUCGCCUCCCUCCAUCAGAGAAGGAAAAAGACGAAGAUGAAAUGCAGGUAGAGGUGCAAGAGGUAGAGGGUUUGAGCGUAGAGGGACAAGAGGUAGAAGGUUUGAGCGUAGAGGAGCAAGAGGUAGAGGGUUUGAGCGUAGAGGGACAAGAGGUGGAAGGUUUGGGCAGAGAGGGACAAGAUGUGGAAGGUUUGGGCGUAGAGGGGCAAGCGGUGGAGCAUUUGAGCGUAGAGGAGCAAGGGGUGGAAGUUUCGGGCAGGAAUGAUCACGACGAAGAGAAACAGGGACCAAAACCGCCCAAGAAUGAAAAAGUCCUGGAAUACCCUUUUAAUACUCUCGGCUGUGUUCAAAUAUUCGAGAAGGACGUCGCUCGACUACGACCAGGAAGGUUUCUCAACGAUGUUAUCGUUGAGUUUGGACUGAGGUUAUGGUACAGGGAGCUCGAGGAAAAGAGCUCCUUGUUGUCCCAGCAAAUACAUAUCUGCAACACCUUCUUUUUUCAAAAACUGACAGAGGAGGGUUACAAGGGGGUGGCAAAAUGGACCAGGAACGUCGAUAUAUUCAGCAAGACAUACAUCGUUGUUCCUAUAAAUGUCAAGUACUUAUCUCCAAACAAAAUCUCGAUUUAUUUCUCACCACCUCCGUUGACCAGGAUCUUUAUUCUCGACUCUCUCGGUCAUGCGAAUGAUCAAGUAGUGGAUUCUCUCGGAAAAUACCUGAAGAGCGAAGUGGUUGACAAGAAGAAUAUGAGUAGAGACUCACUUACUGAACCGACAGGGGUGGUCAUGCAGGUUCCGCAGCAAACUAAUGGGUGCGACUGCGGCAUCUUUCUUUUACAUUACGUUCGCACAUUCUUCAAGAACGUUGCCUACAUUCAAGAUAUGGUCAUCAAUCGACCUGGACUUUGGGAUAUUGGUGGUAUCGGCGAACACCGCAAGAAACUAGCAGAUCGUAUCAGGGAGCUCUCCAAGGAAUGGAAAAAGAGGAAAGGUAUUGGGAGAUGA